AUGUUUUCUGUGCCGCACUUUGAUGAUAUGGAAGAGUUGUAUUCUGCCUACAGGCCGAUCACGCCCUCCCUAUCCAAUAGCCGCCCAAGCCACUCGGAGCAGCUGAAAUACUCCACACAGCCCACAGAGCGGAUACCGCUUCAUGACUUCCGGCGAGACUCGCUAGAGCUCUACGGGUUGAAGCCGAAGCACUAUUCGGUGGAGGACGCGGAAAGCGAGCCGGCGUGCGAGCCGGCUCCGGACAGCAGCGAUACCGGAAGCGCGCCCCUACAGCCACGCUGGAAGGACUGGAUCCUGGAGAAACGGCGGGGGAUAGAAGAAUUGGAGCGGCAGCUCGACAAUUUCAAGCUUAACGGCACAGAGAACGAGAUCGAGGAGGGAUCGGAGGACAUGCGUGCGAAGUACAAGAUGUUCAAUCCGCCAGCGGAGUACAAGUUCUCGCCGUUCGAGGACCACAACGAGGAGGCGGCGGAGGCGCUGAGCCAUGACGACAUCUUGAGCAACAUGAACCACAACAUACACCGGUCGCGGUGGGCGGCGGACAAGAUACGCUCCAACAUCGACAAGUUCUUCCUGAAAAACUCGGAGUUGCUGGAGGAGCCUGAGGUGAUCCCAGGUGCGUAUCCGCGCGACGUGGUGUAUAUACCGAUCCCGGUAAGGGGCGAGGGCGACAAGGAGAGGUUUGAGGGCGACGAGUACGACAAGCACGUCGGCCCGAUCAUCUAUCUCAGCUACGGGAUACUCAUUCCGGCUGCUGUGAAGCUCUGCUCCUUCACCCUGUACCACAUCGUCUCCUUGUCGCGGCGUGACUAUACCUUCAGUUCGAUCUGCCUCGAGUCCGAACCCCUAAUCAUCGGGCUUGAUAAGGUUAUCACGGGCCUGCUCAGUUUGUUUGCCGUGCAGCAGUGCCUAGACUACGUGAUCACGUUCCCGCUAGCGUGCCAUACCAGAUACCACCUGUUGAAGUACGGAAUCGAGAUAAUAAGGGAUGGUGGAUCGGAUAUAAUCUGGAGGGAGUACAGCAGAGAGUUCCUACGAUUCCACAACCGUGCCUUGACGGAGUUUCGACAGAAGCUACAGAAAAAGAUAUGGUUUAGUGCGCUAAUUAUUGCUGCAUUUGGGCUACUGUCUGCCUCCUUUGUGUCGUGGAUCUACGCCGUCACCGUGACAGAAGACAGCUUUGGGACAUGCCUCAACACGAUCCUUUUUGGCAGAGCACAGCUUGUUGCCAUAAUCAUCUGCUUCCUCGGGCAGACAUGUUAUGACCUAAUGGCGUACAUCAAGCACUUCAUCGGCGAAUACGCUGAAGAUACGAUGGAGAUGCUAAUGAAGAAAUUGGACCAGUACAAGCAGGCACAGCAGGAUAGGAAACCGGUCGAGACUCGCCAUGUGAGUCAGGGAACCGAAGAAAUGUCCGGAACAGUAAAAGGAACCACUGAUGGUAUUAAGGAGCAGUCAAGUUUAAGAGGCUCCGCCAAGAAAAGCAAACACGAUGUCUUGCUGAUAUCGACACCCGAUAACUCAUCAUCCGUUGUUUACCACCCACAACCAUAUGUUAGCCCCUUGAAGGGACGGUCCAGCCUCAACUCUCGCUCAUUGCAUUUGGUUGAUCCUGCAUCGCCUCCUAACACCAGGCGUAAAAAAGUCCCUGACGCCAAGUCCUUCAGAAAAGCGUUUGCUGGCAAGGCGCAAGAGCGCAUCAGGUGGAGGGUUACCAAGGUUGAGCGCGAUUUGCUGGCCAUAUCCAUAUAUAUGGUAAAACUCCCAUUUCGGGUGGUUUUCCUUCCUGCUCGGAUGGCGAUGCGGAUCCUUCCAUGGCGUCUAUACAUCUCGUUCAACAGAGGUUAA